ACUGGUAGCUUCUGGAACCCAGUUAGGGUCCCAAGAAAAAGAAACUAUUAUCUGGAAGCGAAGAAAAAAAAUGUCCAACUUGAGGAGACUAUCAGCCAUCCAUUGAAAACUAUUAGUGUUGUGGAAGUAAAAAGUACAGAAAAACGUGGGACACCUAUAAAAGGAGCAGGGGCCAGCAAACCUGUAAAGACUGAAAUAUUUGAUCCCUUAAGUUCUGCUUUGGAGGGUUCAGAUCCAUUGUCUAUGUUUGCUGCUGAAGUCCACACACAGAGUACAUCUAAGACCCGAAGCUCCAGUCUGAAGGAGAAUAGGACACACAAUCCAAGUGAUGAUCUGGAUGAAACUUUUGAACCAUGGAGUGCCAAGAAAGCCAGCAUUCUUACCAAGUACAGCACUUCAGAGAAACUCUCCAUUACCACCAGCUUUUUGUCAGCUUCAGAUAAGGAGAAAGUUGUCAUCAAGGCAGUGACGGCCACCACAGUGACAGACAAAGUCAGAAACAGACUGGAACAAUUGGAUGACUUUGAAGAGGGGUCUGUUCAAGAAAUGUUGAACCUUAGUCAACAGGAUUAUGUGAACCGCAUCGAUGAACUGAACCAAGCUCUUAUAAAUGCCUGGGACAAUGAUCAAAGAGUGAAGGCUCUUAAAAUAGCUAUCCAGUGUUCCAAGCUGUUAGCAGACACGUCAGUGAUCCAAUUCUACCCCAGCAAGUUUGUCCUUAUUACAGACAUACUGGACACAUUUGGAAGAUUGGUAUAUGACAGACUGAAGGAAAAAGCCAUGUAUUACCCACCAGGAAGUGGAGUUCCAGUCAAAUUACCUGACAAUUUCACACCUGACCAAGUGCCUGAGUCGGCCAAAGAGACAUGUCGGAACUGGUUUUACAAGAUAGCAUCGAUACGGGAGCUGAUACCUCGAUUCUAUGUGGAAACAGCCAUUCUGAAGUGUUACAGCUAUCUCAACCAAGGGGAGUAUAGAGAUGCGCUUAAUAGAUUGAUGGCCAUGAUCAAGGGAAUAGGAGAUCCACUGGUUGCUAUUUAUGCUCGUUGUUAUCUCAGCAGAGUUGGGAUGCUGAUAGCUCCAACAAUCAGUGACCACUUGAUGCCCUGUUUUGAUGACUUCCUUGCCUCCUACACACAAAUCCAAGGGGAUCAUGUACAGAAUGUGCUAGCCAUGCAGAAGUUGGAGAUGCCUAAGUAUCUGACACUGUUUUCUCCCGCUCUCGACUGGCUGCUACAAUGUAUUGCCAAUAAAUCAUCCGAACAGACACUCAUGGACAUUCUACAAAAGUUCAAAAAGCACUGUAAAAGUGCUCUGCUGUUGAACUCCAUCAUUUCUGCAUUCAAACCGGAAUAUAUUGCUGUUCGAGCUGUGGAGUUUACAGAGAUGAUCCGGGAAAGUGAAGACACUGGUUUUCCAAAGCAUUUGUUGCAUCGAACCUUAGGGCUGUGCCUUGUGAUGGCUUCACCACCUGAGGAACAAAAACUUACUGUCCUUAAUGAAGUAUGGAAGGCCGUCAUGAAAUUAAAAAAUCCAGCGGAUUACAUUGGCAGUGCUGAGAUAUGGAUUGAAUAUGUAGUUUUAAAUUUUGGUAAGAGAGAAGUGAAUACUAUUCUAGCAGAUAUAAUCAAACACAUGACUCCUGACCGGGCGUUUGAAGAUUACUACCCUCAGCUGCAGUCUGUUGUUGCCAAAGUUGUAACCCACAUACACAACUUCUCCACACUGUUUUCAUUGAAUAAGUUUCUGCCAUUCAUAGACAUGUUCCAAAAGGAGGCUGUUAAAGUGGAUAUUUGUAAGACUAUAAUGGAAGCGUUUGCCAAACACCAGAUGGAACCCACAAAUGAUCCUGUGAUUAUAAACGCGUUAACAUUCAUCUGUAAAACUAUGCAUGACUCGGUCAACGCACUCACCUUAGCUGAUGAGAAAAAGAUGGUGAGUCAUCUAAUUUCCAAUUUUGUCCGCAAGAUUUCAUUUGGGAAAGAUUUCGAACAGCAGCUUAGUUUUUACGUCGAAGCCAGAUCAGCUUUCACGAAUCUUGAUCUAGUCCUCAUUCAACUUGUACAGAAUGUAAACAAUUUAGCCAUAGAAACAAGAAAAGUUGUUCAUGGAAAUCACUCAAGAAAGACUGGAAACUUUGUACGGGCCUGUGCUGCGUUUUGCUUCAUCACCAUACCCUCUCUACAGUCCACUAUGGCUCAGCUUCAUCUGUACCUCCUAUCUGGCCAGGUAGCCCUGCUAAACCAGUGUUAUAGUCAAGGAGACUCGUGUCUUAAGGCUGCAAUAUCGCUAAUUCCUGAUGUACCGAAACAGCUUGACCUUGAUGGAAAGUCAAGGUCAUCUGAGCCCUUCCUUAUAGAGUUUCUCUACAACUUCCUGUCAACGCUGCUAGCAGUCCCGGACAACCCUGACUCUGGCGUUCUGUACUUGUUGCGUGGUCUCCUUAACAUCCUACAAAACUACACAUGGGAACAGAGUGCGGACACCAAGGUACAGAUUUACACACGAGUGUUGGCACAACUGUCCGCUGCCAGUCAGGAGGUGUAUCUGUAUCAUGUUGAUAAAGUUGAUGGAAAUGAUUCCAUGUAUGGAUCUGACCCAAAGUUCCUAGCUGAGGUCAACGGUAUUUGUUCCACACUACUAGAGGAAAUCCUCAACCACCUGAAGACACUGACUGCACCAGAGAUGCACAAAAGACAAAGUUUUCUAGCAUUAGAGCUCUUCAAUACCUUAAUUUGUCAUGGUGACAUGGCCAACAAACAGUCGUUUACGUUGGCAACCAACCUUUGGAACCUGGCACAGAAACAUGGCCAAAAUGAUACCAAACAAAUGGUGCGGUGUUAUGAUCUAGUGAAGAGGAAGGCUGAUUGUACUGGAGAUAGAGCUCUGGAGGAGUUGGUGAAGAGACUUCCACUGGAUUCUCGAGCAUAAAAAAGAGAUUACUGAAAAAACAUUUUGAUCCACCAAAUAGAGAUAAAUAUAUAGAGAUUGUAUUGUAAGUGGUCAGCUAUUGGGGUUCACUUCUGGACUGCUAAAGGUAUAUCGUCAGAGAGUAGAGAAUGGCUUUAUCGUGCGACCUCUGUUCGACUUUUUCUUGUAAAGUAUUAUUCUGUCUGGCUUAAGGAGACAAGAGAAUUUUUUAUUUAGACAAUCAUUCUGGAAUUUCAACAGCAGAGCUUUCACGUGUCAACUUAAAUAAAAUCUGGAUUUUUAUACAAUUAACAAUCAUUAGAGUGAAUGCAGAGGCUAAAAUAUUUCCAGUAAGUAUGGAAUCAAGACUGGGAUUAUCAUUUUGCAAGUCCAUUGUCAUAUUUAUCGACUCCUGAUAGUCUCAAAUCUCAAAUUUCAUAGGUAAGAUUCUUAAAUAUCUCAGCAUUUGUCAAAUAUAAAGUAUUGUAGCCAUCAAUAUGAAAGCCAAAAAAUUGUUUAGGCACUAUAGAUAUAGUGUAACAUUACAUACAGCACUUACUAUUUACAGUGAGGUAUUGCGAUAUUACCAGACAUUAGGAGUGCUUUAAGAUCAGGUCCUAUAUCCAUACAUUCCAUUAGUUCAAUUUCUAUGGUGUUUAGAUACUGAGGAGGGUGAGAAGUUUUGUGAUGAGAGUCCACUGAAUUUAUAAAGGUAACAUUUUUAAGAAGUUUGUUUCAAAACCCUCAUUAGAUAGAUGAACAGUGUGAAGCGUAUUGUGAUGUACAAAGUAUGAAGUUUUGAUGGAAGGAAAAGACUUUUCGCCAACAAAUUUUACCAGUCGGACAAUAUAUUUAGUGAAGAAGUAUACAAUUCUGAAAUUACUUUUCAGGGACUGAAUUACUGUUGAUUGACAAUUUUCAGUCCAGGUUUGGAUUGACUCCACUUUUGUUUCCCGCAUCGCUACGUUAAUUGAAGGAAUUAUUUACACUAAGAGAAGCUACUGUUUCACUGACCAUUUCAGUACAGAUUUGUUAAGAAACUUGUUUAAUUGGGAAAAUGCUACAUAACAAGUUGUGAUAGAACAAAGUAUGGGUGUAUCGUAAAUAUGUUGUAAACAUACGAUGAUUGAAUGAAUGACAGAUGGAGAAUUUCUGGAAGGGCGAGUGUAAAAUUCGAAUCGUGAUUUAGAUGUGUUUCUCUCAAAGAUAUCCCGAUGUCUACCAGUAUUUUUGUUUAAAGUAAAGAAGAAAUAGAUUUGGAGGUCUUGGAAGUGACAACGAUUCUUUUGUUAUAUAUCUAUAUAGGUAACGUACAUCCUAAUACAUGUAUUGCCAAUUUCAAUCUGUUAAGAUCUAGUGUCUAUUGUUGUUGCUUGCUCGAGACCCAUGUUUUUUCGGAAGGUUGUCCUGACUCUUCAAACAUGUAUUGUUGUGCUAAAUAUCAUGUUUAAAACUGAUUUUUAUAUAAAACUAUAUUUAAUAUUAAUUAUAUAAAAACAAUAUCUAGUGAAUAUACUGUAAAAAUAUGCGGAUAAUGUAGUGAUUACUGUGAAUGUGUGAAUUUUUAAUCAUUGCGCUUACUUACUGAAAAGUGAUACUGCGCUUAAAUUUGAUUACGCCAAAUGAAGAAUGUUUACAGUAAACUUUUUUGGCUUCACCAGUACUGAAGUGCUGUAGUUAUUGAUAAAUUGUCUCUUAUUUUUUACAAUGUGCAAUAAAA